AUGGCAGCCAUCUCCAGUCUCGUCCUAAGCGACAAUCUGCCGUCCAAGGACAGGAUAGAGGAUCCGGAAUCACCGACAACCCCGCGGCCGGGUCGCUAUGCAUCAACAGUGAUGGACGAGUCCCAAGUCGCGGUCAUAGACCAUGCCUUUCAGUCCCGGUCAAGCCCCCAAACGACCUCCCAGCCAUCGAGUCAAGGCACGCAGAUUGAUCGGUCAGACCCUGAUCGAGACAAGUCCUCAAUGAGAAGAGAUGGCGGCGAGACAAUGUCAGGCGCCAUGGACAUGGACGACGAUGACACCGGCCAACCUGGUUCGGACAACGAGGCCGACCCAGGUGAGGCAGACUCUGCCUCUAGGAAGAAGAAGGGCCAGAGGUUUUUCUGCACGGGUUACCCGCCCUGUAAUCUCAGUUUUACUCGAAGCGAGCACUUGGCUCGCCAUAUCAGAAAACACACGGGCGAACGUCCGUUCCAGUGCCACUGCAAUCGCCGAUUCUCCCGGCUGGACAACUUGCGCCAACACGCUCAGACUGUGCAUGUCAAUGAGGAAAUUCCCACCGACUCGCUUGCUGCUACCGGGACUCGGUUCCAGCGGCAGAUUCGUACCGACCGUGUUAGACCAACUGGCCGUCCGCGAACAGGCACCGCUGGCAGCACUGGAAGUCACAGUCGAGGCCACAGCCGAAAUCUCUCUGCUUCAAGUGUUGGCUCGACAUCCUCGAACUACAGUAUCGUCACCGAUGGAAAACGUCGACCGCCGCCUCUUCUCAUGGCCAGUGAUAAUGCGAGCAGACCAAACCUGGGAAUCGAGCCACCGCACACACCGCCUGCUCAGUAUCGUGGAUAUAACCCAAAUUCUCCUGGUGGUCUGAGCACGCCCACCUCUGCCAAUUUCUCUGCGACCCCUGGAAGUCCGGGCUUUUUGUCCACGAUGGCUUCGCCAGUAUCAAGCAAUGCCCGCUUGGGCGGCUUUUUCGGCUCAAGGCCACAAUCCCGUCGCUUGUCCGUACCGUCAGGUCCUAAUCCGUACCAGAGCCAAUACCCUCCCGGCUACCCUGUUGGCUAUAUGAACCAGAUGGGCCCGCCCGGUUCCCACGCAUCUUCAAGUUCAAGUGUGUUUGCUAGUCCUACUUCUGCAACGUUUUCUAUCGCUCCUAGCCAACAUGUUCCACCUGGGGAGGAUUGGCGCAGGCGAACGUGGCAUGCAUCCACUUAUCCGGCCGGCAAUUACAACUAUGGGCGUCCUGCUACGAGCGGACUAACGUACUCGCAGACUCCGGAUGCCCCUCAACCUGCACAUGCUCAACAUGCCACAGCGGCAGCGGGUCAUGCUCCUCGACUGCCAGGGAUUGAGAGCUUUGAUCACGUCCAGCACCGCUCGUACACCCCUCCACGUCGCCAACCGAGUCCUAUGCAGAUUGAUGCUAACAUGUCCUCAUCAGCUGCGGGCUCGGAUCCUCGUAUACGUCGAGGUCAUGUUUCGUGGGAAGGUCAUCGUCUCAGCCAGUACCCAGAGCUUGACGAGCAUGCAGACCGAGGCCAAGGUGCCGGAUCAUGGGGUCAGCAGACAAUCAAUGAAAUCCAGAAUGUGGGCAUGCGAUUCAAUGAGCCCCCCAGGCACGUCGACAUGGGACCUCCACCCCCGUCCAUCAUGACUGUUCAACAGCACCAGCAAAUGACGCGCGAAGCCUUGGAGGGACAAUCUUCGGCAAAAGGAACGAAACGACAAGCGUGGUACGGUGCGCCGACGAGAACUUCGCCCGAAGAUUCCAGCAGCAGCGACGGUGUUCCUACCCCAGGGAUGACGGCAGUAGAAGUGCACCCAAUGAUCAUGCCUAGUAGUGGAUAUAUAGAACCACAGCACGGGCCAUUGCCUCCGGAUACACAUCAGAAUGUUUGCCUCGCCCCAGCUCCAUAUCUCGAACAGGGCCGUCACCGAAAUUCCGCUUCUUUUGGUAAUCGUAACGGGGGAGGUGGAGGAAUGAAUCGACUGGAAGCUUUGGUAGCUGUGGCGACAAGUGAGGAUAAUGCUGCCCGAUGA